AUGUCAUCCGCUGUUCAUUCAACUCAAGAGUACGAUAUGGAUACAAGGAGCCUGUCAUCCUCUCACCGUCAUCCUCAAGACGCACCUUAUGUUCACAAGGUUGGACUUCCUCCUAAGCAAAACCUCUUCAAGGAGUUCAAAGCCACUGUGAAAGAGACAUUCUUUGCAGAUGAUCCUCUACGUUCCUUCAAGGACCAACCAAGGUCUAAAAAGUUCAUCCUAGGUCUCCAAGCUAUCUUCCCUAUUCUUGAAUGGGGAAGAAGUUACAGUUUUGCAAAAUUUAGAGGUGACCUCAUUGCUGGGCUGACAAUUGCUAGUCUUUGCAUUCCCCAGGAUAUUGGGUAUGCAAAGCUUGCAAAUUUGGAUCCUCAGUACGGAUUGUACUCCAGCUUUGUUCCACCUUUGAUAUACGCCUUCAUGGGUAGUUCAAGAGACAUCGCAAUAGGACCAGUGGCUGUGGUGUCUCUCUUGCUGGGGACUCUGCUUCAGAGUGAAAUUGCUGAUCCUGUAGCCAAUGCUGCAGAAUAUCGGCGGCUGGCAUUUACAGCUACAUUUUUUGCCGGAAUCACCCAAGUAACCCUUGGGUUUUUGAGGUUGGGGUUCCUAAUCGACUUUCUAUCCCAUGCUGCUAUUGUUGGUUUCAUGGGUGGAGCUGCCAUCACAAUUGCCCUCCAACAGCUUAAGGGUUUUCUUGGAAUAAAAAAAUUUACUAAGAAAACUGAUAUUGUUUCUGUAAUGCACUCAGUAUUUGCCUCAGCUCAUCAUGGAUGGAACUGGCAAACUAUUGUUAUGGGUGUGAGCCUUUUAUCUUUCCUCCUUUUUGCCAAGUACAUUGGAAAGAAGAACAAGAAAUUAUUCUGGGUGCCAGCAAUUGCCCCAUUGAUAUCUGUUAUUCUGUCAACUUUUUUUGUGUAUAUAACCCGUGCAGAUAAGGACGGAGUUCAAAUUGUGAAACACAUAGAGAAAGGAAUAAAUCCGUCCUCUGUGAAUCAAAUAUAUUUCAGUGGUGACCAUAUGCUAAAAGGUGUUAGGAUUGGUAUUGUGGCUGCAAUGAUUGCUUUGACGGAAGCCAUAGCAAUUGGAAGAACAUUUGCCGCCAUGAAGGACUAUCAGCUGGAUGGAAACAAAGAAAUGGUAGCACUAGGAACUAUGAAUAUUGUUGGUUCAAUGACUUCUUGCUAUGUGGCAACAGGUUCAUUUUCUCGAUCAGCUGUGAAUUUCAUGUCUGGCUGCCAAACUGCUGUCUCCAACAUUGUUAUGUCGAUUGUUGUAUUUUUGACCUUGCAAUUUAUCACACCUCUUUUCAAGUACACCCCAAAUGCUGUACUCUCAGCCAUCAUUAUAUCAGCUGUGAUCGGCCUAGUUGAUUAUGAUGCAGCAUAUUUGAUAUGGAAGAUUGAUAAAUUUGAUUUUGUUGCUUGCAUGGGAGCAUUCUUUGGUGUUGUUUUUGUCUCUGUUGAGAUUGGCCUCUUGAUUGCGGUGUCGAUAUCCUUUUUCAAACUUCUCUUACAAGUUACCAGGCCCCGAACUGCAAUUCUGGGAAAAUUACCUAGGACAGCUGUAUACAGAAACAUUCUUCAAUAUCCUGAAGCAACUAAGGUUCCUGGUGUUUUGAUUGUGAGAGUUGAUUCUGCAAUCUACUUUUCUAACUCCAAUUACAUUAAAGAAAGGAUAUUGAGAUGGUUGAUAGAUGAGGAAGAGUUGGUAAACAAAUCCGGCCAACCAAAAAUCCAGUUUUUGAUAGUGGAGAUGUCACCCGUUACCGACAUCGACACCAGUGGCAUCCACGCUUUGGAAGAGUUAUACAGAAGUCUCCAGAAAAGAGAGAUUCAGCUUAUCCUAGCAAAUCCUGGCCCAGUCGUGAUUGAUAAGCUCCACGCCUCUGAUUUUGCACAGCUGAUUGGAGAGGACAAGAUCUUCCUUACGGUUGCUAAUGCUGUGGCAGCAUGUUCUCCAAAAUUAAUGGUGGAAGUAGUUUGAGAUGAGGUUUUUCUGUCUGAGAAAAUGGGAUUUCACUGCCUACGGUGUGGCAUUAGAGAAUGGGAGGGAGGGAGGGAGCUAAUGUUGUGGGUCAUUAUAAGGGUGGUUUGUCUAGUGGGGUGUCGUCAGUGACUGCUACCUUAGCUCCCCCAAUCACCAUAAAGCAGGAAAGGCGCAUUAUGAUAUGCUCUCCAAAUAAGGGAUAAGAUUCAAGGAGGGAAGGCAAAAAGGAGAAGAAAAUGGGGUGAUACCACGAUAAGGAUCUGUUCUCUCUUUUCUUUUCCUUUCUUUUCUCUCCAUUUCCCCCCAGUUUUCAUGUAUCUCUAUCCUAUAAAUCUCUUGAAUUUUGCUCUUCA